AUGUUCUCACAAACGGUACUCAAAGCAGUUUUCCUCUCUCUCCUUACCUAUGCUUCAGCACUCCCUUCGGAACUGGACACUCGUGCAACUUGUCCUGACAUCCACGUCUUUGGUGCUAGAGAGACCACGGCACCAGCUGGAUUUGGAACUGCGGGUGUGGUCGUCAACCUAAUUCUCUCCGCACACCCUGGCGCAACUUCAGAAGCUAUCGUUUACCCAGCAUGUGGUGGUCAAUCUUCGUGUGGUGGAGUCAGCUAUGCAAAUAGUGUUAUUCAAGGUGUGGCUGCUGUUGCUUCUGCAGUAAAUAAAUUCAACACAGACUGUCCAAGUACCAAGCUGGUUUUGGUAGGGUAUUCUCAGGGUGGCCAAAUCAUGGAUAAUGCAUUUUGUGGAGGUGGAGAUAGUAACGAAGGACUUACGAACACGGCAAUUCCAAUCCAAGCUAGUGCAGUUAAUAUGAUUAAAGCUGCAAUCUUCAUGGGUGAUCCAAGAUAUAUCUAUGGACUUCCUUAUGAAGUUGGUACCUGCAGAGCCCAAGGAUUUGCUCCCCGCCCGUCCGGAUUUUCUUGCCCCUCCGCCUCAAAAAUAAAGUCUUAUUGUGAUGCCGCCGAUCCAUACUGUUGCAAUGGUUCCGACGCCAAUACCCAUCAAGGAUACGGCACUGAAUAUGGUCAACAAGCUCUGACUUUCGUGAAUGCCCAACUCGCCUCGUCCGGUACGUCCCCUACGUCCCCAUCCACUACUCCAUCUAGCCCUGGCACCACCACUACUAUUACCUCCCCCGGAUCCACUGGAGUUGCGCAUUGGGGUCAAUGUGGUGGAAAUGGAUAUACUGGGAGUACAACUUGUGCUAGCCCGUAUACGUGCACUUACGCAAAUGCUUAUUAUGCGCAAUGUCUUUAG